AUGCAGUUAUCGGCUUCUCUUUUAGCGACUACCCUUGCUCUUCUCACCUCUGGUGUGAUCGGAGCAGAUAUCAAUAUCGCCUACACCUCAAACGGAGAUUUCUACCAGGAGAAGAUUGAGGCGGAGAAGCUGACCAAGUUAGAGCACCCAGGUGUCUUGACCGACAUCCAGAACACCGCCAAUUGUGUGCUAUGGCGCCACCACCCUAAUCACCCUCCCGAUUACCAGGUCAAGCGUGGAUCAAACAUCAUCAUCCCCCCUCAGCAGCUUGAUUAUAUCUACUGCUAUGAGCCUACUGGCGCCUGGAUUUAUGAGCAGUGGUAA